UGAUGUAAAUAGACAGACGAACUUAAAAAUCUUUUUGCCUUUGAAACAUUGUGUGACCAUAUCCACUGGGCUCACGAGAAUAAUAGAAGAUGAAGACGACAAAAUAAGUUGCAUUCUACACAAUGGACAGCUACGUUUUCCUAAGAGUUGUUGGAAAAGGGAGCUACGGUGAAGUUCAUCUUGUAAAGCACAAAUCAGAUCGAAAACAGUAUGUCAUAAAGAAGUUAAACCUCAAAACGUCCUCCCGACGUGAGAGAAGGUCGGCUGAACAGGAGGCCCAGCUUCUCUCCCAGCUCCGUCACCCCAACAUCGUCACAUACAGAGAGUCUUGGGAAGGAGAUGACUGCCAGCUUUAUAUCGUCAUGGGUUUCUGUGAAGGGGGAGACUUGUACCACAGGCUGAAGCAACAGAAAGGUGAACUCCUACCUGAGAGGCAGGUGGUAGAGUGGUUUGUCCAGAUCGCCAUGGCUCUCCAGUAUCUGCAUGAAAAGCGUAUUUUGCACAGAGACCUGAAGACCCAGAACAUCUUCCUGACCAAGACCAACAUCAUCAAAGUGGGGGACCUAGGCAUCGCCAAGGUUCUAGAGAGUCAGAAUGACAUGGCCAGUACUCUCAUCGGAACGCCAUACUACAUGAGUCCUGAGCUCUUCUCCAACAAACCCUACAACCACAAGUCGGAUGUGUGGGCUCUGGGUUGCUGUGUGUAUGAGAUGUCCACUUUGAAACACGCCUUCAAUGCCAAGGACAUGAACUCACUAGCAUACCGCAUCGUGGAGGGGAAGCUUCCCCAGAUGCCCAGUAAGUACGACCCUCAGCUGGGAGAGUUGAUCCGGAGGAUGCUGUGCAAGAGGCCAGAGGAGCGGCCAGAUGUCAAGCAGAUCCUCAGACAGCCGUACAUCAAGCAACAGAUAGCCAUGUUCCUGGAGGCCACCAAAGAAAAAGCCGCCAAGUCCAGAAACAAAGCCGUUAAGAAUAAGCCCAACAGUAGUGGGUCUGUGAGUGCAGCUGCUACCAAAAGUGAACUUCCUCCAGCAGUACCUCAGACUAAGAACAAAGUGAGAAGGAGAGAAGACAAUUUAAAACAACGCAGUCCACAUGUGUCCAAUGGCGUACAAGAAAAUGCCCCAUUAAAGUUGCCUUCACCGCCGAAAUCCCCAGCCCAAGAUGUAUUUAACUCAACAGAGCACUCUAUAGCCACUCUAACCAAUAUUGAUGUUGCUAUGCAACCACGGGAGGUUGAGGAACCAAAGCCCCGGAAAGUCAGGGCGCCCAAGUCUGUGCCUGAUCAAAAACCCAACGAUGGCCUUAAUCAGAAGCCACCAGUUUGUAAAAGGACCCCGAAACAUGAGCCCACUGCCCCCCAGCACUCCCCGCAUAAACUUGGACAGGAUCUGUCAGCAGAGCAGGUGAGGAGGGUAUCAAAUGGACCUGUAUUACAAAGCCCCUCGUCCAACAUAGCAGCAGUGUCCCCAGACAGACUAAGACCCUCAGCAGAAUUACUGUCGCCUGAUGCUGAUAUGGAGAAGGAGGAGGACACCUUGAAGCUUCUCCAAGAAGCAGCCAUGAAUGCUCCGUCACCGGCCUCUGGUGGACCUUCGCAGGUCUAUUACCUGCAGCAAGAGGAUAGCGGUGCAGCUGAACAACCCAAGAGUCCGUCUGCCCAUGCUGACGUCCAUGACAUCAAAGAUGACACAAUCACUCUUCUGAAAGAGGCUGCUGACCACAAACAUAUUGGAGAAGUUCACGAGAGUUUAGAAUCAACAGAGAAACUGCUAGAGCCCUUCACUCCAGUGCCAAUAAUGGAGCCUUUAAAUGUUGCUGUCCUUCCCCCUGUCCCUGAAAGAGAAGUUUCUGUACUUCAUCACCCAACGUCUUCCUCAGAGCCCUCUAAGUCAAGGCAGAGAAGGCAGAGGAACCGGGAGAAAGGAGUGGAGACUCUGAACAAGGACAAAAAAACCUCGAGACCGCUGCCACCUCCACCUGUUGAGGCUGUAUUAGCCCCCGUGAUGGUGAAGAGCAAAUCAGCCCCUGGGCCUGACCACGUCCAACUCUCUGAGUACUGGCAGCAAGACAGGAUCACCCCUGUUCCACAGGAUCGUCCACUGUCAGCGAGAGAGAGGAGAAGACUGAGACAGUCUCAGGAACAUUUGAAUCAACAAGUUGCACCAGCGAUGAGGAGGGCAUCCUACGAUGUGGCCUUGCUGAGCUGUAAACAAGCAGACCAGCCUGACUACCACAGGCCAGCCAGUGUAUCCAUGGAAACAAGCAAGCAGGAGAGGCAGUGUUGGCGUCGCUCAGAUGAGGAGGACUGCGGCUCUUCCACCAGCUCCACUGAGCGCUCAGAGGGAGAUGGCAGAGACGGGAAAAAUGACUCUUGUGAGAUGCAGGACCUGGUUCAGAUGAUGACACAGACUCUGCGACUGGACUCAAGAGAUGCUGUUGGUGAACCAGAUGGACAAAGACGUUCAUCUAAACUCCCGUCAGAGUUUAAGAUCAACCGCAAAUAUAAGGACACUAUGCUCCUCCAUGGGAAAGCCAUAGACGUGAAGGAAGACUUCCACAUUGAUGAUUUCUGUGCAGGUGACACAUCUGGUCCUGCCAAGAUCAGGAGAGCUGUUGAACAGUUGCGGACGGACGUGGUGAAAGGUCUAGGAGUGAAGCUGCUGGACAGUGUCCUGGACAUCAUGCAGGAGGAGGAUGAGGACAAACGGGAGCGACAUUUAAAGGAAGCAAUGGGAGAAGAGAAAUACUCAACUUAUGCUGUGAUGGUUCAUCAACUCAAGUUCUUUGAGGAUGUUGCUUUCAAAGACUAAGAUUUCACAAGGGACAAUCUGCCAAACUACUGACAAGUCAGAUCUCAGAUCUGUUUUUUUUCCUAGUCUGUUACAGACAAUCACUGUCCUGUAUAUUAGAUAUAUUUUCUGUAGAACUACGGUUAUCAUUCCUCUUGUAAUGAGAAUGUUCUGGCCAGAUUUCUAUUUUUCAUUCAUAUUGGAUAUGCAAUUACAGCCGAGCACACUGACAUACAGUUCUUUUUUUAUACACAAUGAAAUGUUUUAACCAGAUAAUAAUGUUGUAACAUAUUUUGUAAAAAUAAGAGCUGUUAAACUGCAAAUUGUCAAUCCAAAAAGUAAUGUAUAUUGGGUCCGGUAGAAAAAGGCUGUGGCUUAGGUUUACAGUUACAAAUAAAAGUCUCGAAAAUUCA